UCGAGCGAAAUGCACAGGGAAAUAGAAGUUUGUGGAGAUUUGCGGGAAGACAAACAUCUAGUGAUUUGUGGUUAAUUAUGGAAAACAAAUACCGUGGAUUUGAGCAGCAGGACUGACAUUUUGAGGUACACGGAGAUUGGUAGCGAGGUGGCGUUAAGACGUUACAGGUGACGUCAGAGUCAUGUCCACUCAGUGUCCAUCCGAAACGUUCACCGACAGUGAAAGUGUGAUUACCUUUGACGAUUUUGACGAUGAAGGCAAGGGAACUGUCAAAAGGAAAACACGCAAUCUGAGCGAGAAGAAACGACGUGACCAGUUCAACAUGUUAAUAAAUGAACUCAGUUCGAUGGUGUCCAUCAACAGCAAGAAAAUGGACAAAUCCACAAUCCUCAAAUCAACGAUUUUAUUUCUGAAAAAUCAUCAAGCCAUAUCUGUUAAAUCCCGAGCUCACGAGAUCAAGCAGAACUGGAAGCCAUCAUUCCUGUCAAAUGAUGAGUUUUCACAGCUCAUGCUCGAGGCGCUGGAUAGUUUUCUUAUUGUAUUCACGAAGAAAGGCAAGAUUCUGUAUGUUUCAGAAAGCGUCACAUCUUUACUUGGCCAUUUACCUAGUGACUUAGUGAAUCGGUCACUUUAUAACUUUCUUCACGAGAAGGAUCGGGUCACCGUCUUUAACACGUUGAUGGAUUACAAGACGACUGUUAACGAGACGAUGAUGACAACAUCAUGUCACAUACGACGAGGAACGAUCAACCUCAAAGACCCGUACUCGUACGAACACGUCCAGUUAUCGGGGACCUGUCGACCCUGGCCAGGAGAAAAUGAUGUGACAGAUUCAAGAUCCAGUAGUUCGUCUUCAUCUUCCGAAUCGGUGUGUUUCUGCUGCACAGUCCGACUCAACAAGGCGCAGAUUAUUCGUCAGCUGUCUGUUGUCAACGAAAACUUAUCUGAAUUCACCUCACGGCAGUCUCUUGAGUGGAAGUUUCUCUUUUUAGAUCAUAGAGCUCCACCCAUCAUUGGUUACUUGCCGUUCGAAGUGCUUGGAACUUCGGGUUAUGAUUAUUAUCAUCCAGACGACCUAGAGAAAAUCUGCAAGUGUCACGAUCAGUUGAUGCAGACAGGGAAGGGAACAACCUGUUUGUACCGGUUCCUCACCAAAGGUCAGCAGUGGAUCUGGCUGAAGACGCAGUACUACAUCACAUACCACCAGUGGAACUCCAAACCCGAAUUUAUCAUGUGCACCAACACCGUGUAUAGUUAUUCCGAAGUGCGCCGUGAACUGCGCAAGGAACUUGGUUACGGCGAUGGCGACGUGGACAUGUCAGUGUUUGACGAGUUCGAAUCUGAGAACAACUACAAUCACUGCCCGUCACACUGCUCAGAUAGUUCCGUGGGGCAGGCUGCCUCGCCACUGCUGAAAUCACCCGAGAUUCCCAAACCUCAGUCUGAAAUCGUGCUGAGAGCACAGAGUCGUCACAGAUGCCUGCACUCCACAGAGAUGGACAUGAACCAAGGCAAGAAGGUCAUGUCCUUGAACAACCUUCAGGCACUCCUGGAGCAGCAGCAGCAGCAGCAACAGCAGCAGCAGCAGACGAUCAACGCGAUGAGUGAAAACCUGCCGCCAGACAUCCAGCAGAUCCUGUCGGCGAUAGUUCCCUCCAAUGCCAUGGGUGUACACAACAACCUCGUAACACACCCAUCCAUUCACCAGCCGUCCAACUCAAUGACAAUGAGAAAUUUACAGACGAUGGCCAACAGUGUGUCGACGAUGUCUCUGACGCCAAACAAUCACCAGUCGCCUGAAUCCUACUUGACGACGGUUCACAGACUGUUUGAGGAUGAGCUGCGCCAAACAUCUGACCAGCUGCGCAGCGCCAUCUUGUGGCAGCAGCAGCAACUGAUGAUCAUCACAGACCACCUGAGACACGUCCAGCAGCACCAGGCGCCGCCAAUACAGGGACUAGCAGUCGACAGUACAGUGAUGAGACCUGAUGCACACAUGAUGAUGCCGCACCAGUCUGGACAGAUGAUGCUAAAUGAUGCCAGCUCCAAUCACAUGAUGCUACCCACAAGUACUGAAGGUACCAACAACUCAUGCCACCAGUCAAUGGACCCCUGUAUGUCAUUCCAGCUACAUGUUGUGCCUGAAGAUGAAAAAAUUAACUUUUCCCCAGGAGACUUGUCCGAUUCCUGUUAAUGAAGUUAUCAUCAAGGGACAAAAAGGGCAUAAAGAUUUCAUUGUGAAUGUUUAUGAUUUCAUUGUUACUGGGCAUAUGUGAACAGUUAUUGAUAAUGACAUUAAUAGACAAAAGGACAUAAAGAUUAUGAAUGUUCACUCUGUACAGGAAUUGAACAACAAUUGUUAUUACCGGUAAUGGAUGUUGACAGUAAUUGUGUGAACUGUUAUAUUCCUCUUAUGAUUGUUUCAUUGUAAGAAAUGUGACCUGUUAUCUGUUAUUUGUGUUUAAAUUAAAGGACAAAAUUUCUCUUUGUAUUGAAUACAGUAAAACCUGCCCUGUGACCACCUAUGAUUAACAGCCACGUGGUUUAAGUGGUCAUUUUUAACUAGUUAGGACAGCUUUAACUAAUUCAACUUAAAUAAUAAUAAAAAAAAUUAUUAUCACCAACAUAUUCCUGAAUUUUUAAAAUAAAGAUUCACAUGUACAAAGUAUAUAUCACAAGUAUAAAGCCAUAAGAAAUGAAUUCCCAAAAUUAAACUUCAAUUUUCAGUUUUUAUUUCUUGUUCUUUAAUGACAUUUUAAAACCCACCUACCGAAUUCCAACUAUUUUUAUACUGAUACCAUUUUCUAUAGAUGUUCUAAUAUCAGAUUAGAUUGUUGCACUAAAAUACAUUGUUGUAAAUGUGUGUGAUGUCUCCAGUGAACUUCCAUAUAUAUCUUUGACAUUUACCAUUUGACUUAAAAAAAGAAAACAGUCCAACCCUUAAGGCAGUAAUCAGUCACUGUAUUUACCAUGCAGUCCAACAAAAACAAAGUUGAAUAAUCAUACUUAUUCAGUUUUGUUAGGUAAAUGUUAGGUGAACAUGCAGUUUCAUAUAGAAAAGAUUUUGCACUAUGAUGUCAUAUACUUGACACCAUUCUUUGUAAACCAUAUGUCCAACACCAUAUAACCGUAAAUAAAAUGUGUUGAGUGUGUCGUUAAAUAAAACAUUUCCAUUCUUUGUAAGACACCAAAGGCGUAUGGGCUCCCAUUUUUAUAGGAGGCUUUUACCUGAAUUAAACAGAAAUGCCAGAAUUUAUUCAACAACAUUUAUUGAUAUUAGCAUUACUGCCAAACAGCUAUAUAGGGUUGUAAACGAAUCGUUGCACAUUUUUCAACUAAUUUUGAGGGUAGAAUGAUGGAAAUACAUUGUAAAAAGGUCUCAGGUUAGUACAUUUUGCCCGAAUAUUUAUAUAUCUUUUUCCCCAAAUUUGAGAUUUUGACAUAAAGUGUAUGUAAUUAAAAACCUAGUCUGAAAUAAGAGUCAGGGUUAUGUUACUUGGUCUAUAUUUUUCGUCACCCAUCUUGCCAAUGUAUAUAAGGAUUGCAGGAUAAAAAUCUGUGAGGAAAUGUAUAAUUUUUUUCACUCCGCCCAAGUCUGAUUGAAAAAUCCACUAAGCUUACGCUUGUGGUUAGACUGAUUGAAUGAAAGGGUUAAUAUGAGGGGCCAUUAUGUGGUUGAAUGAAAGGGUUAAUAUGAGGGGCCAUUAUGUGGUUGAAUGAAAGGGUUAAUAUGAGGGGCCAUUAUGUGGUUGAAUGAAAGGGUUAAUAUGAGGGGCCAUUAUGUUUCCUUAGUGGCCAUUGUGUUUUAUUUGGGGCUGUUCAUAAUUAACAUUUUUAUAAGUGUACAAAGAGUCAAGCCAAUAUGUAUUAACAUGCUCAUAUACAUUUAGAGUUUCGAGCAUGUCUGUCUCGGGUCCGGUAUCUGGAUAACCAGUGACCUGACCUGGGACAGAAGUACAAAGAGAACAAGUUUUCUUUUGCAUUCCACCUCCCCUUUUAAAAACAAAGUGUACAUAUAAAGAGUAUACAUAUAAAGUGUUGAGUUUUAAUAGAUUUGAGGGGUGUGUUUUUUUUAAAUAUAUGCUGGCAAAUAAUAUACUCUCACCCAACUAGCAGACACUUUCUUAAUGUUUAUGAAAAUGUUAAUAUCUGUGAACAGUUUGGUAGAUCAUAAAGUAACCGACAGAAGGCUGAGUCGAUCUGUUUUCUGUGAGAUUGUAUAUUUUUGUAUUGUAAAUAGUACACACAUUGUACAGGUGGAUUCUAGCAGCUGGCUGUUACAGUAUCCCUAAGAGAGUGUGCUCACUGUUCUAGGUGAUCAGUAAACACAGCCCAUUGUUUGUGCAAUAUUUCAUUUCUAAUUUUUCAUUUUCUCUUGUAUUAUUACUGUCUUGUGUUCAACAAGGUGUAGUAUGUAGAUAUUACAGUGAAGAUUAUUUAUUUAUUUUGUAUUCAAAUACACUGUACUGAUAACAUUUUGUACACUUUUUACUUUUUUAUGUCAAGAACUGUGUAAUAUGGUGAACAACCUAUGUUUUCAAAGGAUAUUUUGCUACAAACAUUUUGAAUUUUGUACUUGUACAUUAUAGGUGACCAGUUUUUGUUGAUAUUUUGAGCAAAUUAUUAAAAGAUGGUCAUCAACAUAAAAGCUAGAAACCCUAAUGUUAGGCCUACUAGAUGCAGUCUUGGAUCAAAAUGUAUUUGAUACUUAAUAUGUGCAAUUUCCAAGCACCAUCUGCUUGCAUAUGGAUUUACUUUGAUCAAAUUCCUAUCCCAGCUAAUGUUUAACUAACAUUUUAACCAUCAACAUACACACAAAAAGCGUUACAUUUCUGGGCUGUAGCUAAGGGGAGAGGGGCAGAUGAAUUCUUGGAAUGAACAAGCAUGGAAGGUGUAUGGAAGGUGCAAGACCAAUCUAAUUUUAAAAUUAGCUCCACUAUUACAUGUGGAUCUAACAGCAGCCCGUUGGAGCUCAUGUCCAGUUGACCUUUCAUUCGACCAAACAAAACCUUACUUGCAAAAUCAUGCCAGUGAUCUGAA